ACAUCCACCACCGCCAUUCCCGUGCUACCGCCACCUCCCUCCUCCGACGAAACCCUAGGCCAUGGCGUGGCGCGGCGCCGCCUCCCGCUCCCUCCUCGCCGCCGUCCGUGGCCGCUCCGCCUCCUCCUCCUCCGCCGCCACCUCGCGCCUCCGCGCGGUCGCACCACUCCCCGCGGCCCCUCGCCGCCGCGUCCCCGCCUUCGCCUUCGCUACCGUAAGGCCGUUGGCGGCGAUGGCGGGGUCGCCGGCGGCGGUCGUGGCCAGGCUCACCGGGCACACAGCGGCGAGCGGGCGGGCAUGCUGUGAGCUCUCCCAGGGCCAAAAUGGAAAAGAUGGUUGAUGAAGAGACCAGACAGAAUGAUUGGUACCCCAUUCCAUAAGAUGGUGUAGGUCCUCUUAUUUUCCUUAGUGUUAUCUGAGUUAAGAAACUAGAAAGAUAUUGUAUGAAUGAUUUAUGAGGUUAAGAAAUUGUAAUAAAGCUUACUGUCCUGGGCACUACUCGUACAUUUGUUUUACUGCUCGAAGUGGGUCUGACCAGUAAUCAAGCUUUAUGGCCAAACUUGUUCAAUUGGUUUGAAAAUGAUUGAGAGGAAAAAUGUUUUUUUGGCAAAGUUAUUUGCAUUUGUGCUGUACUGUCUUUUUUUUGUUCGUGUUUGAAGUUUCCUGAAACCUGCUAUCAUAUUCAACAAAUAUGUAUUUAACUAUAACUAGAAAUUAACUUCAUAGUUUUGGUGCACAGCAGAUGUUGGUGUUUUUUUUUUCCAUCAUUUUCCAUGUUGAUAGACAUUGAAAGAUCCUUAGUGCAAGUUCCAUUACUCUAUGACAAGCAUGUAUAUUUAGAAUCAUGGGCAUUCCUUGUACCUGUACACAUAUUUGUCACAAAAUUCACUAUAUCUCUAUUUAUCCAUGUAUUUGCUCUUUUACAUUACAAUUUUGCUGAAUGCUGAUCUUCUGUUGCAAAGUUACAUACUCGUUUAGUCCACAAGUUUGAACUUCAAUUUUAGUUGUCCCAUGUGCUGCAUUCCUGGUCAUUUUUUAGAGACUAAAUGCAAGCGACCCCUAUACCAAUGGUCUCCACAUACACUGGAUCAUAAUUAUUAGUUUUGUAAUAAUGAAAGGUUGAUUUGAGGUUUUC